UCCACGUGACCCCCUCUGUAUAAGUUCCUUCCGGUUCUCCUCGGCUCGCUCAGAAAAGAAGAUGGCGGCUCUCGGACGGCUCUCUCACGCGCUGCUGCGUUCUCCCGCCACCCGGAACCGACGUCACCUCUCCGCUGCUGCCGCCGGAGGACACGGAGAGCAGACCGCCCGGACCUGGAAGAUCCUGACCUUCGUGGUCGCCCUGCCCGGCGUUGCGGUGUGCAUGUUGAACAUGUACCUGAAGGAGCAGAACCACAGCCACGAGAUGCCCGAGUUCGUCCCGUACAGCCACCUCCGCAUCCGCAGCAAGCGGUUCCCGUGGGGAGAUGGAAACCACAGCCUCUUCCACAACUCGCACUUGAACGCCCUCCCUGACGGCUACGAGGGCCACGACGACUAAACCCAAACCCGUCUCUCUCCUCCAGACCUCCAGACCGGGACCAGUUCUCCCACAGCGUUUGUUACUGGACCACAACCCCAUUCACAGUCUUCUUUAUUGUUGUUGUUGUUGUUGUUGUUAACCUCCGUGCUCUCGAACACGAGCGCACCCGAACCAACUGCUUCUUUUGUUCUGGACCAUGAAACACAACGUCCGCUUAAACCUGAAUUAACGUAAAUAAAGUAACUAUUAUUACCUCA